AUGUUCAGAAAUUGUCCCGACAACCAGGCGUAUGACUUGGACACCUGGCGCACUUCCCUCUGGACGAAAGCACUCGGGGACAAGUACUCGUGCAUCGCGGAUAAAAUAUACGCAAGGUGGCUGUACUUGAGAUACCGGUACCUCGCCCUGACCCCGGAGACCCAGUCGAUGCUGCUGGAGCUCAGGAAGAAGUACCUCCUGGGGUUGAUAACCAAUGGGUGCUCGAACGCCCAGUGGGAGAAGAUACGACGGCUGGAUGUCGCCAGAUAUUUCGACGUUAUUCUCGUCUCCGGAGACUUGCCAUGGGAGAAACCUGAGUCGAGGAUUUUUCUCGAGGCCUGUCGCAUCCUGGGUGUGCUGCCGAGCAGCUGCAUAAUGGUCGGCGACAAAUUGGAAACUGAUAUUCAAGGCGGUGUCGGAAGCGGACUAGGUGGCACAGUUUGGCUGCCAAUAUCCGACAAAACACGAUUGUCCGCUGAUGAUCCUAAGCCAGAUUACACAAUAAAACGCGUUACCGAUUUAAUGAGUAUCUUAAAUCGACGUCCAGGUGCACCGGAGCUUGAGGAUUCAUCAUCAAAUGCCUCUGAUGGAAGCUGA